CCAGUUUCCCAAUUCCUAUUGUAUUCCUCAUAAAACUUGRACUCAAUGCGUUGAUUUUCCGAGUGCACCUUCGAUUCCUGAACUUGUUUCAUCUUCGUCUUCUGCUUUGAUUUCGAUCAACCCCGUUAGAGAUCUCAGAGAGGCAUUCAAAUACGAGCGAAUUKAGGGGAGGGUCUGUAUUGGAAUUUUGAAGGCGGUGAGAGCGGAAUUGGAAGACAAGGGGAGAAAGAAACCCUAAACGAUGCUUUUAGGGUUUCGAUUUCGUCCACCAUCUGUUAUAACCAUCAGCUGAACACCACUUUUAACAUCCAAAGGAAAUGAGCGACGACAAUGGCAAACCGGAUAAGGGGAAUCAAUGGCAAUCGCCAAGAGCGCCGCGCCAAGAGAAGGCGGAGGACAUGAAACUGUGGGGAAUUCUUGUUUUCGGUUUAAUCGGUGCCUCUGCCACCACUCUCGCAGUUAGUCAGCUGAGGAGAACUGUUGAYUGGGUUUAUACUCAGUUGAGCAGGUCACAAUCAUCAUGGAGAGAAACUGGCCGAACUUUCCGGUCCUCAUUUCAGGAGGAAGCAUGGAAAAGGUAUAAUCGUCGGCUACAAGAGGAGUAUGAWGAAGAAAUGGAGAGGGUGGAGCGGAUAAGGCGAAUGCAGAAUGUAUUCAAUAGAGAGAGAAACAAAUACAAGAGAGGCUAUGAAAGCUGGAGAGAGAAUGGUCCUGGUGCGCAUCAUCAACAUCACCCUCGAGAUGAUUGGUAUUGGAAGGCUGAGACAUUCUACAGAGAGCAAAGAAAUAAUUCUAGAGAAGCUCCAAGAGACAGAACAAGUUACUCGUUAUCGCAUCAUUACUCAGUUUUGGGUCUAGACAGGUCACGAAAACUGCCUUAUACAGAUGCUGAGAUUAAGACAGCAUUUCAAUCCAAGGCAAAACAGUUCCAUCCAGAUCAGAACCAAGAAAAUAAAGAGGCUGCUGAGGCCAAGUUCAAAGAGGUGAUGACAUCUUAUGAGGCCAUAAAGUCAGAAAGAAAGAACAGUAGAGCGUAACACUAACCGUACCUCUAGUCGUCGACCUGAUCAGAGCUCCGGGAACCAUUCUAACAGUAUGAGAUAUUACUGUUAUUUUUGUAGAAAAAUUUCCCCCCUUAAUUCUGUGUUAUUAAGAGAAGUCGGGUUUCUUAUAGUUUAUUAGGAAAGCAAAAUAAGAGUGAGUCUAUGUAUUGAUAUUUGAUUUGAUAUGUGGGCGUGAUAUCACGCGGGCAUGGCAAAGCUCUUUUUUCCCCCUUUUUGGCUUAAAAAAUUAUUCAAGGAGUUGUCUAUACAUAUUAAUAUUAUCCUGA